ACUACCACCACUACCACGAGCCACUAGGAUAUGCGAAGGAUUGUCGCGGGCCGGGGGAGAGGGGAGCGCGCGAGGUAAACAAAGGAGCCAGCCGAUCCGCCCGGGGCCUACUCACCUCUGCCAAAGGCGAAUGCCAUUGAGUGCCUCCGUGUAGGUAUAAGCGCGCGCGCGCGCGCGCGCGCCCGCCCGACCGAUCGCCCGCGUGUGUGGUGCUGGUGCCGGUGGUGCGCGAGUUGCCGCUUCCAUUCGCCGCCUCUCGGCCGCUGACUCGGGCUCCCUCCUCCACCUCCUCUUCCUCCUCCUCCUCGCGGGGGAGAGCCGACGAAGGCGCUCUUAGUGCAGUGUGUUAUCCAACGUGAGUACGCGAGCGAGUGUCACAAGCUCCGAGCAGUCCCCAGUCCAGAGCUUCUGGUAGUUCUGGUGGCCGAUUGGUCCAGCCGCGUCGACGAUCGUCUCCGGCCUCAUUAUCGUUACUUCGUGAAGGACGUUGAAACGGAAGCCGUUAUAUUGGAGAGGAAGCGAGAAGGCGGCGUGACGCUGUUCUGUGUGCCGCGGCAGAGGCGCUCGUCGCAGUCGGAAAACAAUGACGAGAUGAUCGCGAGCUUAUCAUCUAACGGUGGCAGUGGGGGCGGAGGCGGCGGCGGUAGUGGCGGAGUCGUAGGACCCGGAAGCCGCGUUGGUCGCAGCCUGGCCCUACAUCGCUCCAACUCGAGCCUCGAGCUGCCUCACAGUCCGGAUCCGAGCUCGCGAGUCCCGGAGACUCCACUACGCCGGGAAUAUGGCUCCCAUGGGAGUAUCGAUGUGGUGGCCCAGUCGGUGUCCAUGAACGACAACCUCCUGGCGAUGCUGCAGGAUUUCCGCCCGGGCGACACGACUAUGCGCAGUCCCAUGGCUUCGGAGUUGCUCGUGCGGCGUCAAUCUCACCAUCACCAUCAGCAGCAACAACAGCAGCAGCAGCAUCAGCAUCAUCACCAUCAUCAUCACCAUCAUCAUCAGGAGGGUCUGCAUUCGCCUGACGUCGACGAGGUCUGCGGUCCGAGCGGCUCCAGUCCCAAGCUCCGACUAAAGCUCAAUCGGCUCUGGGGUAGCAAUAAACCGACUCGGGGUCAGGGCCCGACCACUGCACUCGCUCCGACCGCCACCGUCGAGGAACAGCAGACGUGCACUAGCCCUGUGGUCUCGGCCGAUGUCGAGGAGCGCCAUAGGAGGCGUGCCUUUGCCCACUAUGACUGCCAGUCCCUCACCGCGAAUCUCGGCUACGCGGCCAAGCUCCGGGGCAUCCUCCUCGCAAGGAGAAGGAACACCGCGACGGGGGCUUCGGCGGCCAGCGCCUUCAGAGCCUCGACACCCGACGAGGCGCCCGAAGAGGACGCCGGCGACGGCAAAGGUAACGAGCUCCUCGAAUCCUGCCCCUUCUUCCGCAACGAGACUGGCGGCGAGGGCGAGCGCGAGGUCGGUCUCACCCGGCGCACCCAGGGCAACGGACUCCACCGCCCGGUACUCGCUUACGGCGUAAGCGUCCUCGAGCCCGCGGCCAGCGAGAGCCUCUGGAAGCACACCUGCCCCCUGCAGAAGCGUCCCCUGCCGAUCGAGAGUAUCGACGAGGGCGCUUACUACUACCGACGCUACUUCCUCGGGCGCGAGCACCAAAAUUGGUUCGGCAUGGACGAGCAGCUCGGACCCGUGGCCAUCAGCAUCAGGAGGGAUGGCCAACAGUACAGGAUCGUCGUCAGAACCUCCGAGCUUCUGACGCUCCGGGGCUCCGUGCCGGAGGAGGCGCUCGCCGGUGCGCGACCACAGCAGGCCAGGAUCCCCACUAGGGAGAUACUCGAGCUCGUCGCCCCCGAGGUGCAGAUGAACUGCCUGAGACUCGGGACGCCGGCCGCGGAGGAGGCGCUCGCCAGGCUCGACGAGCAGGGUCUAUCCAACAGGUACAAGGUUGGUGUUCUUUACUGCAGAGCCGGGCAGAGGACCGAAGAGGAAAUGUAUAACAAUCAGCACGCCGGUCCAGCCUUUCUCGAAUUCUUAGAUUCAAUUGGCCAAAGAAUAAGACUACGAGGAUUCGAGGGCUACAAGGCUGGCCUCGAUACUAGGACGGACUCCACGGGGACUCACGCGGUCGCUGCCACUCACAGAGGAGCCGAAGUCACCUUUCACGUCUCGACGAUGCUUCCAUUCACGCCGAACAAUCGCCAGCAGCUACUGAGAAAGCGCCACAUCGGCAACGAUAUCGUCACCAUUGUCUUCCAGGAGCCCGGAGCGCUGCCCUUCAGUCCGCGAAGGAUACGCUCGCAGUUCCAGCACGUGUUCAUAAUCGUGCGGGCCAUCAGCCCCUGCACGGACAGCACGCAAUACAGUGUCUCGGUGUCGCGCAGCAAGGAGGUCCCGGUGUUCGGGCCCCCGGUACCGUCCGGUGCCACGUUCCCCAAGGGCAAGCACUUUGCGGACUUCAUUCUCGCCAAGGUCAUCAACGCGGAGAACGCCGCGCACCGCUCGGAGAAGUUCGCGACAAUGGCAACGCGCACACGACAGGAGUACCUUAAGGACCUCGCCACCAAUUACUCGUCCACGACCUUCGUCGAGACCGGGCAGAAGUUCUCGAUGCUGUCAUUCAGCAGUAAGAAAAAAGCGGCGACCCGUCCGCGCCUAUCCUGCGACGCCUCCCAGCGUGGCGCAAUUUGCUGGCAGGUCAUUCUCGAGGACAGCAAUCAAAAUACGGAUUGUUAUCUCGGAAUAAGCAUCGACACGAUAGUCUUGAUCGAGGAGCACUCGAGGCAAAUCGUCUUCGUCACGCCCUGCAUGAGCGUCUUGGGAUGGCACGCUCAGACCAACAGCCUGCGGCUCUACCAUCACCAAGGCGAGUGCAUAACGAUCCACGUGCGCGGAGACUACGGCGACCGGGACGAGCUUAUGGAGAUCGUGGCGCGGCUGCGCGCCGUCACCCAGGGCGCUCCGGCCUCGGAGCUCUCCCUCAAGAGGAACGCCCUUGGGCAGCUGGGCUUUCACGUGCAGCCUGACGGCGUAGUGACGCAGGUCGAGAGUAUGGGAUCCUCGUGGCAGGCUGGACUGAGGCAGGGCUCGAGACUCGUCGAGAUCUGCAAGGUGGCCGUGUCGACCCUCAGCCACGACCAGAUGGUCGAUCUCCUCAAGACGAGCGCCCAGGUUACGGUCACGGUCAUUCCACCAGCGAACGACGGCGCUCCCAGGCGAGGCUGCACUCUCCAAAAUUGCCAGUAUUUGUCGAGUAACUACGAGGGGGACUACGAAAACGUUACUAAUCCGGAUAAUACGCCGGGCCAGCAGACCGCCAUGCCACACCAAAGGAGGUACGAUCGCUCUUUUAGUCCUCCGCGGUCCAGUAACAGUUCCGGAUAUGGAACGGGCUCAAGCUCGAGAUCGUUCAACGAUCCGCGGUUUCCCAUAGAAGGUACCAUGACGAGCAGCAGCAGCGGACACAGUAGCACUGACGAUCGAUGGUACGAGCUCGUGGACACCCAAGAGCAAGAGUCGACGGCGAAUCGUCGAGACGGCACACCGCCACCGUUGCCCGCCAGGCAAAAUUAUCUCGCUGCUGGCACGCCCUGCAAGGCCAACUCCUCGUGCCCGGCCAAAAAGGACAAAGAGUCGCACUACGCCACUGGCAAGAACUAUGACAAUAUAAGGCAUCACAAUAAUCUGCACAAUCACGAGUUUAAGGAGAGCAAUUACGUAUCGCCAAGAGCCAUCCAAGAGAGCAUUAGGCACGACAAUUAUCAGAGGCUCGAGAGCGUCAAUCGUAAUCAGGAGCACGUGUCGACGAGCUACGUGAAGCUACAGAAGGAAAAGUACGAGACGAAGCAGGAGAACAUUUAUGCCUCGCAACGCGAGCUACACAAAAAUGAAGGUCAUCAAAAGCUCUCGGUCUCGAAUUCGCUACCGCUUGUACAAAAUGCCAAUUACAACCUACCGAAAUCCGGCAGCAAUAAUAAUCUCGUACGCUACACAGAAUUCGAGCAAUUAUCGAUAGGCCACAACGAGAACAAAGUCGAUCGUGGUUCGAAAUCCUACGACGUUUAUGAGGACAAUAAGGCCAAAAACGAGGACAUUUACGAGAGACGACGAAGCAAAUACGAAACUGCGGAUAUGCUGCUGCAGCAAAUGGAUUUGAGUAACGAGCGCAAAGACGAGCACGAGGGUCAGCAGCCCCAGGAGUUUAAAGUCGGCGAGAAGGUGACGUGUCUUAAAACGACAAUGUCCGAAAGGCCCGUGCCCCACAAGGUCAGCAUCGAGUACAGGCCCAAGGAUUUUACGUCAAGUUUGCCGCCGGAGGUCAGAAUAACCGACGGCAACGCCACCGACAUUUCCACUUUACCGAGCGAGGAUGAGUUAUCCAACGGUUCCGGCAAUGUUUCCCCCAGACUGAGGAGAGCGAACAAGCAUCGCACUGGUGGUAACAUGACGCCUUCGAGCACGGGAUCGCGCAAUCAGAGUCCCCGGCCCAAGUCCGGAGCACGCAAUUCGCACAGAAACUCGGCAAACUUAACGUCCAGUACGUUACAAGAAGACCUUAUGAAGCUCAUUAAUCCCGACUACAUAGUCGCCGAUGGCCAUCCUCCAAUUAUCAAUCAGAACGCGAAGAAUAAGCAAAAUAUUUCGAAUAAAGUAAACAAUAAUUUACUAGAGAUUCAGAACAGAUGUAGAUCACGCGAAAAUCUUUGCGGGAAUAGCGCUUCCACUUUGAGCGUAUUGCCGAAUGGCUCCCAGGAAAACGGGAAUCCUGGCUCCGAAGUAAUCUUGACAAUGGCAAGGCCAGCAACGGUUAUAUCGAAUGCCAGCACGGCAUCGAGUCCAGCGCCUAGUGAAAACAAAAUGACGAAAGAAGAAAGACUAUCCCCACGAGUAACAAAAACACCCCAACAAAUGAAGCCUCAGGGUAACGUGAUUAAUAAAGACAUAAAAAGUUCACCCGAGAUAGAUGCCGACUCUUGGAUCACAAAUCAUCAAGAUGACAUGAAUAAUAGAACGUCCAAGCACAAUCAGGAGUGGUCGGAAGAGAGACUUAUGGAAGGGCUUAAGAUAAUUCCAACCUCGGUCACAGACCUACAGAGUCACCUGUCGAGUCUCGAGAUGCGCGCAGCGCGCGAAACGCGCCGCCGACUCUCAUUGGAGGACGAGGUUCGCCGUCUCAGGGAUGAGAAUCGUCGAUUGCAGGACGAAAAUCACGCGGCGACCCAACACAUCAAACGCUUCACCGAAUGGUUCAUGAUCUACUAUCAUUAAUUAGAAGCUCCCUUGCAUUAUUUAGCAUUACUUCGACCGUCGACUUUUUCAGCAAAACAUGAAAGACCAGCCGAUGGUCUAACGGAAUUGUCGCCCUUAUUAUAUCAAUAAUUCCAAGUAUUUUUGUAAUCAAACUUGAUGCCGUAUAUCUUAAGAUUAAUGUAAACUUGUAUUUUUGUCGUUUUUUUUUUUUGCGACCAUUUUGUUUUUCAUUACUUACAUUGCGUUUACGUUGUAAGUAGAUUUUGUAAUUACUUGGGAUGAAAUCCUCCUCCAUUGUUGUUCUUCGACCGUAUUAAUUUCAUCCGCUAUUACGUUAUGAAACUGGUCCUAUGUAUUUUAUUUUAUGUUGAUAUAAAGACAAACGUUUGUUUUAAAAUUUCUUUGAUAGCGCGCGAAUGCAGUAUUAAUGUCAUUUCUCCUUGUAUCAUUGUAUAUGCGUAAUUGCUCGCUGUUAAAUAUUAUGAUCAUGUAGUAGAGGAACGAAUAAAAAA